UGAGCAGAGCUCUUUAAAGUAGGAAAUAAAAAAAGUAAAAAUUAAAUUCCUCUCUCUGAGUCGUUGUGUCGAGCAAUCUUUGGUUUUUCGCAUUCCCAUCCUCGCGACUCCGUUCCCAUAAAAGUGUAACUGUCACAAGAAGAUAUCGAACGAAGAAAAUAUGGUUCCAGUUACCAAACCGAACACCAAGGAGGUGCAGUGCCAGCUCGCUGCCUGCGAUGAGACCAAGCAGCAGCCGGAGACCAUUGUCACUCCGAAGAGCGGCCGCGUGGGCAUCUUCAAUGCGGAGGACUUUUUGUCGCGUGCCCAGACGAACGACAAGAUCAACAAUAUCUUGCGCUCGCCCACUAAAGCCCCAAAUGGCGUGCGCCAGCGAUCGGUGUACACCAACAACAACCCGUCGCCGCAGUCGUCGAUGCGCUUGUCUACUACGGCUGUUUCGUUAUCAGCACGGAUGAGCAGCAUGUCACUGAACAGCGGCAGUGCCAGUGUGGGCACCAAUACUUCUGUGCUGGCCAAGGAGUGCUCCAGCCAGACAAAUGCCAUUGGUGCUACUGGCUCCUACCGGACCAUCGGCAUGAGCAUGCACCAGUCGCAGCCGCUAUUGACCGCUGUUGCAGACUUAGAGCCUUUGGUCCUGAGCACCAAAUCGUUGACUGCUCGCUUCGCAGGCCCAUUUGGGUAUGAGACUGGUGCUUACUGUCAGCCACAACCGCAACCACCCAUGCACCACACUCAGCAGUUCCCGUCGCCAAUGCCGCCACCACCUCAUGCUCUGGGUCGCGUUAGUUCGCGCACCUUUGAGUUUGAGAAUAGUCCGCCACCACCACCACCCUGUCCUGGCUCCGGGCCGAUUGCCAUGUCCAAUGGCACGAUUCAGCUGCGCCUGCGCGAAGGUGUUAGGAUUGACAUGACUCUGGACAAGGCAGUGCGCGUGUUGAAUCAGCGCAGCAUGGUGGCCGUGUCCUUGUCGCGCAACGGCACAAACUCUGCUCUGAUCCAUCCAAAUGGCCGCAUUCUGCAGAGCGGCUCCAAGGUGGAGAUCGUCACAUAUGACGGCAUGAAGGCCAACAACUUUGUUCGCUACGCCAAAAUGUGGUACAAGGGUGUGAGCUUCACCAGCGAGUCUUGUGCUUUAAUUUAUCUGGUAGACACCGCUGGAACACGCACCACAACCGACACUUUCACUGACCUGACCAAGGACUACACUCUGGCAGUGUUUUAUGACGACUCACGCCACGGUCCCUCUUUUGUGCCAGAUGCACAGGAGGUGAUUGCCAAGUCAUCGUACAGUUGCGCAGACGACGGCACCGAGAUGUACGACAUCAACGGCUUUCGCAUUAUUCAGGCCGCUGAUGGCCUGGUGAAGGUGACUCGCCAGCACAACAAGGGCCUCAUUCGCACUAGCCCUGGCAACGGAUCAGUCACUUUAACCACCCUUGGCAUCCACUGCACCGCCUCGUUAGGCAAGACCUCGCAUCUGUUCUUGCGUCGCAAUGAGAAACGCAUGCACUUCGAUGGAUCGAAUUUCAUAGUGCGCAAUGCUGGACACUCGGCGGGAUUUAACGAAAACAACCUGCUGAUUGUCUACUAACUUGCCAUCGUCUUAAACACAACCGCACACUCACUAAAGACACACAUAUACAUAAACAGACAACAUCUAGACAGUUUUGGGGACUGUUGCGCUGCCGUAGCGUGGAGAGAGUAAUAACCAAAAAUAAUAUUAACAACAGAAAAAGCUUCAAACUUUAAAAAGGCUCGCAAUAGGCGCGAGCAACGCUAACGACAUUCUGACCAUAUGUAUAACAUAAAAGACCUAAGGCCCAAUCUCUGCGUGGUUGGGUAGCUUCUGGAUGUCUUUCGUUACUCGACGUAAGCGCAACGAAACUAAAAAGGAAUUCGUUUUUAGUUAUCUUUUCAUACUCUAACUUUUUGAUAUAUCAGUGAGAAUUUAGUAAAAACAAAAAAAAAGAAAAAAAAUACCAACUUUGGGACACGUGUCCACUGCCCUGCCUACUACUUGAAAACGCUGACCCUUUUGGCAGAUUGAAUGAUGCCAGCGUUUUAGUUUUUAAGGCUCAUUUUGGCAUAAGAAAAGACUUCUCUCUAACCAAAUUUCUACAGAAAAAGACGUAAAAUUAAAAAAAAAAAGAAGAAAUGAUUUACAUACAUAAAGAAAAGCCUUAAAAAAUUUUCACAUGCUAACAAAAUUAAAAAAAAAAUUAAUUCGCAGCAUGGCGCGAAUAUGUGUGUGCAACAAUUAGUAGGCAGUGGUUUUAAAAGGUGGCUGUCCCUCUGAUCGAACGCUGGGCUGAUUUAGGUGACAGUGCCAGUGAUAUUUUUAUUUACAUGUUACAGUUAAGAUUAGUUUGUGGUUUCUGCAAUCCAAACAUGUUCAUCCACACAGAUACAAAGUGAAUAUUGUUACAUUCUGAAUUGAAAAUUCAAAGUG